CUUGUUAAUGAAUAUGCACAAUUAUUCCCUGACGUUCCUUCCCGAACCAAAAUAAUUUCCCACGACGUUGAUAUUGGCGACGCUUCCCCUAUAAAACAACUCCCUUACCGAUUGAACCCAACGAAAGCAAAAUACCUUGACCAAGAGAUCCAAUACCUCCUCGAAAAUGAUUUCAUCGAACACAGUCAAAAUAGUUGGAGUUCAGCCUGUAUAUUAGUUCCGAAACCAGACGGUAGUUAUCGGAUGUGUACGGACUAUCGUAAAGUAAACAACCUCACGAAGUCGGAUAAUUUUCCCAUUCCUCGGAUGGAUGAUUGCGUGGAUAAAAUUGGAAAUGCUAAGUAUGUGUCGAUGUUUGAUUUACUGAAAGGACUCUGGCAAACCCCUUUAAGCGAACGUGCCAAAGAGGUUUCAGCAUUCGUAACACCACGUGGAUUAUAUCAAUACAAAGUGAUGCCAUUUGGAAUGCGGAAUUUCCCUGCCACCUUCCAACACCUUAUCAACCGCAUAAUUUCCCAGAUCGACGGUUGCGAAGGUUAUAUUGAUGACGUGAUUAUUUUUUAUAAUGACACCUGGGAAGAGCAUCAGGAAAUAUUACGCAAGUUUUUCAAACGGUUAAGCGAAGCCAAGUUAACCAUAAAUUUAGUCAAAAGUGAAUUCGAUUGUGGUCAUGUUACAUACUUGGGCCAUAUCGUUGGCCAGGGCCAAGACAAACCCGUCAACGCCAAAGUCGAGACGAUUGCAGAUUUCCCACAGCCUACAACGAAGAAACACGUCAUGCGACUGCUCGGAAUGGCGGGUUAUUAUCCCCGAGCCGACGGCGCGAAGCGCCGUGCGAGGGUACUAAUUCCCCCCGGCUAUUUACACCCGGGGAAACGAAAGCAUUAGCGAAGUCUAAAGUUCAUCAAAUAUCGCGGGCGUGGCUCACCAACGAAGUUUCGGUGGGUGGUCAUCCUCACUGAUCUCAAAAUAUGUGGCGGACUGUCAUGAAUAGCGAAAACUGAUUGGUCCAAUUUAAAGUUUGCAUUAUAACGACUGCAUGACGACAGCUAAAUAGCAAACAUUUCUUGAUUUGAUGAUUGAUAAAUUUCUUGCAAAUAUCACAAAUAUAUUUCAUUUUCGCUCGCAUUUUCGCAAGAUUUUGUAAAUUUCAAGAAAGAAACAGCGAAAGAAUCGGCUAAAAGAAGUGAGCCAACGUUAACGAAGGUAACUUUGUUUUAAAUAUUGAUUUUAUAAUGGGUUUAAUUUAAAACCCGACGGCCUUUGCAUAUAUGAAACAACUAAACAAGACAGCAUAUUAUUUCAGUGUAUCUUUAGUAAUAUUGAUUCCCUUUUUUAUGAUAUUGAAUUUUUUAAAUAAAAAAGAAAGCAGAGUUAUUUGCAAGCGAGAAUUCGAAGUCAUUUUAUUGCAAACUCAAAGUUUAUCGAUAAAGCCAUUUUAAAAGUCAGUUUAGUUUUAUAAAGAACACUAGUGACUUUAAAACGUUUUGCGAAGCGUUUGUGGUCGAAUUUUACCUUAAAUUGAGGCUUAUAUUACGUAUAAUAACAUACCUAACAUAUAUAUGUUGGCAAAUUAAUAAUUUUGUAAUUAAAAGUGAUAUUUUUUAGGCGAUUUUUCAUUUGUAAGAAUAUUCUUAAAAAAUUAUCGUGUUACCAUGACAACUACUUCAGAUACUUCAUGUUCGGAAAAUACAAUGGUUUUGUCUGUUUGUCAGCAAGGCGAGGGUCAACCUCGCAAGCCAGGGUCUUUUACUUCCGCACGGCGCUACAGCAAAGACCCUGGUUCCCUCUGGUCACGUGAGCUCCUCAACAAGAGAUCCCAGGGGAGGGUGGUUGAAAUGUGAUAUGUUGUAAUUUACAACUUCCGGUUAAAUGUUGUGUUUUCAAGGCCCGCCGAGGAGUGACUGUAAAGCUAUGAGAAGUGACUUCAACUGUAGUAUGCAAAAACAUUCAAAAUGUAUUAUUUUUCUUAUUUGUCUGCAGUUUUCUAUUAUAAAUAUUUUGUAUGCAAACACUAUUUUGAAGCCCAAGCAGGUUACUUGCUUGGAAAAGCUGUCCUUUGGCGUCUAUAUACUGGCAAUUUUUCCAGCCGGUAAUAUGGCGAGUCGCUGUUUUACCAGCUUUUGCCUUUGAUGCAUUUCGCUAAAAGAGCGUUAGAAGAACGUCCAACUCAUGGCGUUUGUGUAAAUGAGUAAUGCUGCUCGUUACAGUAUAUCGCGAACGCGCCUUUGAUAAACAAUCCAGCUCGAAAAUUAUAUUCGAUAAAACUCAAAGUAUCAGCAAUAAAUGUUUUUCAGUAGCUAUUAAAAUGUGACAACGAAGAGAUUGAUUGCGAUGUAGCUGAACUUGACCAAAAGACAAAACUAAUUCUGCAUGUUACUUUUCAAUCCAUUAUAUUGUUAGUAUAUUGCGUGUUUAAUAAUAACGUACCAGUCGUUAUUGCGUGACUGCAGCUACAGUAAAACCCCGCAUAUAAGAACCUAGAAUUUAAGAACCUGUUAGGCUAAAAUAUUUACUUAGACCCCCUUUAAAUAAGAACCUGCAUGGUCAGGCUCGAAAUUCAAAACAGAUUAAUUCUUAUAUUAUCAAGUAGAGUCAAAAUUAAGUCAUAAGUUACAAUCAGUGUAGCUCAGUAGUUUUAAAUUAAAAUGCAUAUUUACAUAAGAACCUGUGUAGGCUAACUUGGAAAAUCUAGGUUCUUAUAUGCGGGGUUUUACUGUUCAGCAUAUAAACUUCACAGAAGGCACAAAAAAGAAUCACUUGGCUUGCAUAAUUGCUUUGAGUUGGUUGCAAAUUCUGAGCGAAAGAAUAUCUUUUACGAAAGGGUAUUCAGAUACAAGCACUGAUAUUGAUGCCUUGGAGCGGGACAUUUGCAGACCAAUUUAUGCUGUAGUGUAUGCAAAACACAAUGUUUAUGUGUUGAGUGUAGUUUAGAUAUGAAGAGUUAAUCAUUUUACCUGACUAGACAAAUAUUUUUGGGCCUGUGAAAUAUUCUUGACUUUGUACCAAAUGAAUACACAAUUAAUCAAAUGUGAAUUUUGUUAAACUCAGUUUUUUUUUUAAAGUGGGCACAAGUUGCACUCUCUCAUAUAUAUGUCAUUAUUUCCAUAUAUAAACUCAAUUUACUUCAUGCACAGUACAUAAAGCAGUGCCAGAACAAAAUUCUAAAUUGAAUAUAUAUUUCAUAUUUAUACAGUAUACUGUAACCAUACAGCUAUUUCAAUUAAAGUUGUCACAGACAAUAGUCAGAUGUACAAUAAUAUGAGUGCUAAAUGAAUAAUGGGAAUAAUGAUAGUUUUCAAUAAAUUUAAACCUCAAAUAUAUUAUGAAUACCAAUUUAAUUUGUAUUCCCGUGAGGCUAUUGAUGUGUUAAAAUAGAAUCUUUUUUAGCGUUCAAUAUAUUGCACAUUUAACUAUUGUCUGUGACACUAACCUUAAUUGGAAUAGCUGCAUUAUAAAAUAUAGGACAAGUGCAAAUUGUGCAUCUAUUAAUCCUUUCAAGCUAGGGUAGUCUUGGUAGCCUCUGCUACAGCCAUACAAAUCAUUGUUGCUUAUUCGUGCAAGUGUUGCAGUAUUCACAGUCAUAAUUCCUCUUCAUCUUCUGAUGUGUCUACUGGUACGUGCUUGGUGAAUGUUCCUCUUGUGUUUGUUUAGCUAGUCAUCAAAUGCAGCGACAAUUUGUCUAUAAUGUUGCUAAUGUAUCUGAUGAUAUAUCUGUGAAGAAACCUUCAUGAAAGUGAUCAUAUACCGGAUUGUUGAUUGCAAAUGGUUUCAAUUCCAUAAAAUAACAUUUUCUCCGAAGAUUUGUGCUUGUGAGAGGAUGCCUUCUUGACUUAAUUCCUACAGCUAUGUCGAAGUUGUUUAUCAUUUCUGCAGAUCGAUAUCCCUCCAGUCGCUCUACUUUAAUAUUCAACAUUCGAUUGGCUUCACUGUCUUGGGUGUUUUAUUGGCCCCCAUAUAUUCUUUUAAUUUAAUGUUAAUUUAGGAAGAUUAGAAAAUCCGUCAUCGGUCAUCACACGCAAGAGUUCCACAAUUCACAAAUUCUGUGAUACGAAGCAGGUUUUUAUUUCGCUAUUCAGCUAGCUCUAAGAAUAGGUUGUUGCAAUACUACUUGUCGAUAAUACUACCACAAAGGCGACACUUGCAUUCCGAAAACAAAGCGGAUUUCGGGUAAAUAAUCUUUGGAGUUUCCUUUCGCUGUGCCAUAGCUUGAGAGCUACUGAAUAUACAGUACUUUGACUUUGUAUAAGUGUGCAUUCGACCAUUAUUUUCUUUUCGGUGAUAAAUAAUGGCUCCACUUAAAGGUGUAAAACAGACCUCCAGCCAUGCAAAUUAUAUCAAGUAGGUGUAAAAAGCUUUCAAGCGCCAGGCGGUGACAUAUUUCAUAAAAGAUAACACAAAGACCGACAAAACCCAAAAUAUGGGUUAAUACAGAGCGUAAAUGGCCGUAUUUCCAUAGGCAUAGUUAUAGGUAUCAAUGUUUUUGUUUUCGCUCGUGAAUUUCCCCUUCCACUCCUCCCUAAGUAGCAAAGAGGCGGCAAUUCGAAUUACCCCUAAAAUCUGGGGGUUCACGUGACCAGAGGGAACCAGGGUCUUCGCCGGAGCCCGAGCGCAGGUAAAAGACCCUGGCUUGCGAGGUUGGGCGAGGGUUUCUGCAUGCAUGUAUUUUCUAGUCGUAAGUUUUAAGAUGUAUUGUAUAUAUAUAAAACCGGAUACUAAUAGCUGUUAUGCAAAAUUGGGAACAAUUUCAAAUCUGUUCAGUUUUUUUUAUACACCCUGUAUAGUAAUUGACACGGAGACAUGGCAUCAACAGGUCCUGCAACUGUCAACUAUGACUAUAGUAUGGCGAUUUAAAAGAGCGAUGCUUUGCAUGCUAAUUCAUCGGUAAAUUAAAUGUACUUUAUAUUACACUGUAAAUCUGGGAGUGUUACCACAACACCGAAAUCGGUGAAAAUUCUUGCAGCAGUGUGGACACCAAUUUAGUGUUUACUUACACUCAUUUUGGUGUUAAAAUACACCUUUUCAGUGUUAAAUAGACGCAGCUGUGUGAACACCGAAUUGGUGUAAAUCUACACUACGAGUGUAAAAUAACACCUCCGAAAAUCUUUUCACACUCUUUCGGUGUAAAUAGCUUGCAGCUGUGUGAACACCGAAUUGGUGUAAAUCUACACUACGAGGGUAAAAUAACACCUCCGAAGAUCUUUUCACACUCUUUUGGUGUAAAUAGCUUGCAGCUGUGUGAACACCGAUUUGGUGUAAAUCUACACUACGAGCGUAAAAUAACACCUCCGAAAGUAUUUUUACACUGUUUUGGUGUAAAUAGCUUGCAGCUGUGUGGACACCGAUUUCGUGUAAAUCUACACUACCAGCGUAAAAUAACACCUCCGAAGAUAUUUUUGCACUGUUUAGGUGUAAAUAGCUUGCAGCUGUGUGGACACCGAUUUCGUGUAAAUCCACAUUACCAGCGUAAAAUAACACCUCCGAAGAUAUUUUUACACUGUUUUGGUGUAAAUAGCUUGCAGCUGUGUGGACACCGAUUUCGUGUAAAUCUACACUACGAGCGUAAAUAACACCUCCGAAGAUAUUUUUACACUGUUUUGGUGUAAAUAGCUUGCAGCUGUGUGGACACCGAUUUCGUGUAAAUCUACACUACGAACGUAAAAUAACACCUCCGAAGAUAUUUUUACACUGUUUUGGUGUAAAUAGCUUGCAGCUGUGUGGACACCGAUUUCGUGUAAAUCUACACUACGAGCAUAAAAUAACAUUUCCGAAGAUAUUUUUACGCUGUUUUGGUGUAAAGCACCUUCCAGCUGUUUGGACACCAACUGGUGUUAAUCUACACUACGAGCAUAAAUUAACACCUCCAAAGGUCUUUUUACACUGCAUUACGUACUUACUGAAUACAGCUACUGUACUGAUAUGGUUUGUGAUGUAAAUGUACAUCCAAUUGAUGUCUAAAGUAGCUAUAUGUAACGUAAAAAUACCUUUUGCUGCUUAAGAAUGCUGCUUAAGAUUGUGUGUUAUUAACUCAAUUUAACUGAAUUACUAAGUUAAAACAAUGAAGAGAAUAGAAAGUACAAAUGUAAAUUAUAUAUUUUUAGAGUUUUAAACUAUAGUCUAUGUUACAUAUUUCGAUUCAGUUGAAUCAUUUCAACAUAGUUUAUAGCAGUCACAAUCCAAAUUAAAGUUCAUAUUACCAGUACAGGUGAUUUGAAACCAAUAGAAUCUUUGCUGAACUGAUGGCACUUUGACACAGUCGAAGAACACAUCACUAUAUUGUAGCGCACAAAAUCUACAAAGGUUUUGGUGUGCAACUGUUCUUCGUUAAACAUUAAUGGCCAGCAGGUUCCCUUGAAAGAUAAUUAUUUUGCAUUAGAGAUUAUUAUAAAGAGUGCACUGUACCUUUUAUGGGUUUGUGAGAAAGUAUCAAACAACUUAUACAACAAACCCAAUCUAAUUUUUUGUUGGUGACAUGUCAGAGUAAAUAUUUGAGAUUUGGGUAGAAAGUCUGGCUAAACUGUCAACAAGUAACACUUUUUAGGGCAAGUCGAGUGGUUUAGGGCAUACUAUGAUUUAACAACAAGGCACAUUGGCAGAGAGACCGUUUAAAACCAAUUAACCAGAGGAGUAAACUUUGCUGGGAUUAACAUUUUUAGUCACAGUAAAUAAUAAACAUAGUACAUGUAUAUUUGGGCACUUUAAGUUGAAUUCACUGUGAAGUUCUCUUGUAUCAUUUCAAAUCAAUAUAUUACUAGAAAUACAUGCAUGCAAUAACCCCUCGCCUAUUUUCAAAAGAUGUAUACUCAGUGCCGUUGCGAGCACUUCGUCUCAGGGUGUGUGUGAGGUUAGAUAGAGGGGGGGGUUACCAAAAUGUUUCCAGAUGCACAAAACAUUUUCAGGGCAUAUAAUAAUUUUUCCGAAAAUACAGUUAUUUUGCAAAUUCACUUUCUCAUGUCCUGAGAAUUACCUGAAUUCCCCUGAAAAUCUUCUGCAAAUCUACUUAAAUUUACCUAAAAGUGCACUGGAAAUCUACCUGAAAUUCCUCAUGAACAAUUAUCAGGGGUGUUGCCCCUCCCCUCCCCCUGAAUUUCAAGUAAACACUCUCUGAUUUAUUGUUCAUGUAUUUCACCUCCCAAAAUAUUGUGCAUCAUACUCUAAAGCAUUGUCAUGCUCUAGCGUGGUUCAUAUUUAUGAAUUUUUAUUAUAAUGUAUCGUGUUUUAUAGCGAUUUCGAGCACUGAUAAAAAUGAUAAUCUCACAGACCCACAUGUGAAAUUAUUCGUGAUCAUCUCACAUGUGAAAAUUAUCGCUUUUCAAUGAUCGCUUUUCUGUAAAAAUUAUCGCUUUUCAAAGAUUCUCCUUUAUAUAAUAAACAGAAAAAUACAUGGGUGGUUGGAAAUACCAGAUUUAUUUUUUGUGUUGAACAUGACAUAUCUCAGUCACUCGUUCGCUGCACUCACUUGUGAGAUAUCAUGUUCAACACUCGAAAUAAAGCUGGUAUUUCCGCGCACCCAUGUAUUAUUCUCAGAUAUUGAAACUACAACUUGACUGGUUUAAAUUAUUAUCAAGUUAUCAGUGAUUGUAAAAGUUGCAGAUAGAAGUGUUUUGUUUUAUAUUAUUAUCAAGUUAUCAGUGAUCGCAAAACCUCCAAAUCCUUAAUUUCAAAAGCCCCGCCGGGGCUAAUGCACUUAUCAUUGGCUUCCCCGGGGGUCGACCCCAAACCACCCAGGGACUUUUGUUAAGAGGAUGGAACAAAACAUUAACAAAGCCAGGGGAAAGUUUAAUGACAAAAAUCAUGUUACAGCUAGCCCCCUACCCCCCGGGCAAAAAAACAAACAUAAUAUCCCUAACAAAAACAAAAUAUUAUAUAACUGGUGAACUGGAUACAAAAUACAGCAGAAAAGUAAACAAUUUUAAAAUAACCGUCCAAAAAUGUCAGGUUCAAGCAUGUAAAGCAUGCACGCUUGAAAGAAUUUAUUUGCACAUGCGCUGAAUUAUAAAUAAUUAGGGUAAGAGGAAGUUUAUACUAUUCGAACUCAAUGAUUCUUAGAUACGAAUAAUGUCCAUGCAAUACAGGCAUCGAUAUCUGAUGUCUGAUGGUCAAGAUGGUGUAUGAUGGUCGAAGUGUGUCAGAUGGUGUAUGAUGGUGUAAGGUGGUUGCACAGAGAAGGGUUGUCAGAUGGUGUAUGAUGCUCAUGCAAAGUGUGUCAGAUGGUUGCCAGAUAGUUGUCAGAUGGUGUACACCCCCCCCGAGAGACGAAGUGCUCGCAACGGCACUGAGUAUACAUCUUUUGAAAACAGGUGAGGGGUUAUUGCAUGCAUAUAUUUCUAGUUUAUUAUUACUUACAUAUACUGUGGCCAGCUAUGUAUAUAAAAAUAUAAUAUAAUAUCUCACAUUACGGUUCUCAUGUGGGAAACGUAAUUCAAAGUAUUUGACAGAAUAUAUUUAAACACAUUUGACAGACAUGUUUGAGGUAAUAAAUAACAAUAUAAUAUGAAUAUAUUAUAUCUCACAUUACAGUUCUCAUGUGGGAAACAUAAUUCAAAGUAUUUGGCUAAAUAUAUUUAAAUGCAUUUGACAGACAUGUUCGAGGUAAUAAAUAAAAAUAUAAUAUAAAUAUACCUCACCACCUGACAACCGAUGGUUAUAUCUAUAUUGGACAUAUAUGUUAGAUACCGCUGACCAUAUGUGAAACAAAAUCCCACAGGUUUAUCCCAGUGGUUAACAGUGCCUGUUACCAAACCCAAACAAUUCCCCUUCCCCGAGGGACACUAUUUUUUACAAAAGACAACGAAUCCCCUCCUGUUCCUGGGGGUUCCCCCCGGGGUGUCCCAGGGGUCGACCCCCGGGGAAGCCGAUUAUAAGUGCAUAAGGUUCAAGUGGAAAUGCCCAACCCCCGGGAUGUGCUUUACAGGGGCACACUUGGAUUUGGCUGAUGCAUUAAAAGUCAUGGAAAAAGAAAAUACUUUUCAUAUUGCUACUAUAAAAUGGCUUAUUGUGCUUAUUCCUGUGCUUAUUCCAGACUGCUUGUCAUUACUUGCAAGAAGUAGAAAUUUACUCUGACCAUGCUGGAUGAAGAAGACAUUAAAUAUAAAAUACUGCAUGUCAAUAAACAGAAAUGUAUUUUAUUUCAUACUAUUACAAUUUUAUUUUUAUACUAUAAAAAUAAAAUAUAAACAUACAGCCUCUGACAUGCAGCAUAGAAUAUGCAAAUUCGAAGCAAAAUUAUUGUUGAAUCGGUUUAUUUAUAGGAUUUUAUAACAAAUAUUUGAAAUAUAUAGCAACUAUAAAAGUUUAUACCUUGUCUCCACAUCGCUUUAUUCUGUUAGCCAAUGCUUUUAAAUUUACAUAUUUUAGAAUCAGUUCCUUUCCUGUAACUGCAUUUCUAAAUGAAAUCAUCGUGAGUAGUGAGUGCUGAGCAGGCCGUUUUACUAUAAACAAAUUUUAGGAAUUGAUAACAACUUUGAAAAAUAUAUCGUUGCACAUUCGGUCACAGUCGGAAAAAUGUUCAUAGUAUGUUGUACCGUCGCUUGCGGCUAACGAUGCACAGUCGCUCAUAAAAACAUUCUCGUGAUUAGAAUCUCCGAUGUUUGUCAAGAACAACAACACUUAAUUGUUGUUUCCCAUGUGUACAAUAAUAAGUAAAAAAAACUUUGUGUGGUCUGAACGUGUUGGGCUAGAGACCUACUGGAAACCCUUACAGGCUUUUUAAUGAGAAUAGAGAAUGUUUUAUCUGGCAACUGUUCACCUUUAGUUGCAACCGACGGUAUUUGACAGCAUAAAAUUGCCUGUGGCUGUGAUAACUGAUAUAAAUAAAAUACAGUCUGGUUAUACUGACUUGAGCGCGUCAUGACAAACUCUUUAUUGGAAAAUUGUGAAGAAACAGUCGAAUAUAGAGGGUCGAAUAUCAUACUUCAACGUGUAUAGCUACA